AACUACAAUAACAAAAAUGGAAUGGAAAUUGGAAAGGUGUAAUUUGUAAACAGGAGAUACUGUAAUGAGGAAAGUAAUAAUUAUUCCUAAAUGACGGCUAUUUUAUCUAAUUUUAACACUAAGAAAGAUAUAAAAGCCCAUACAUAUUUAAUAAAGGGAAAACCUUUUAUACCAUUAGCCAAAUUUGUGUGUUAAAAAGCAAAGUUCAAACCAACUCAUCAUAAAGAUAACUUGGUUACCUACCAAUUAAAUAGGUAUAGUCUCAAUUUUUACACUUUUCAAAAUGUCUAUUACAUACAUUCCACGCGUGACCCAGUUGGAUUCCAUACAACUCGAUACGGAAUUGGAGGAGCUAUUCAAAAACAUACUUCUUCAGGCUACAAAGUAUUUAGAGCCUGGAAUCCUCCAACCAAUUUAUCCAGAGCUUGAACUUUUGAUAAGAACAUGGAUUUUCAAAUAUUCUGUAUGUAAUAAAAAAUGUACUUUUGGCCAAGAAAUGUUGUCAUUAAAAUAUAGAGCAGACAAUUUUUCAAAAAGCAAACUGUAUUGGUACUAUGGUUACACAAUAGGUCUUAAAUAUUUAAAGGAAAGGGCUUUGUACAGUUUUACAUCUAAUACAAAAGUUCAAAAUAUGUUACAUACAUUGGAAACUUAUCAAAUAGUGGGUGAUAUAUUGAAUUUUCUUCGCUUUAUCCAAAGUGGGAAGCAUCCUGCCUUGAUUGACUUUGUUCUGGGUUUAGAAUUAACUGCAGAUAAAGUUGUAAGAGAGAAUUUAACUGAUUUAUCAUGGACAAGAGAACUUCUGUGGCAUAAUUCUAUUGAAUUAUUUGGAACAGUACUUUCAUUGGUCAACAUGUUUGGAUUGAGGCAAAAAUUGGCAAAGAUCUUGAAAUACAUGUGGUGGAGAAAUUACGUCAGAUCUGCGUCUUCUUCAAAACAAGCAGUAAUGACGGUGAACACAGUGUGUGCUUCUUGCUCGGAAAAACCUAUCCUACCUCAUGUUAUGGGCUGCGCUCAUAUAUUUUGUUACUACUGUUUACAGGCCAAUAAGAUUGCCGACUCCGAUUUCGCGUGUCCAAAGUGCUAUUAUAAUGGUAAAGAAAUUACGAAGUUGGUUAUCAAUUAAUAUUCAUUAUAUUUUAUGACAAAUGUUAUUAAUAAUUAGUAUGUAAGUAUUUUAAUAAAAUAUACAAAGGGUGCUAGGCUGUGUUCAUAAAUAAAA